AUGUCUAUUUUAAUGAUUCCAUCAGUAGAAAACGCAACCAGCUCCAAUAUUAACAAGAAGAAUAGUAGUAGUGGUAUCUUGUCCAACGAUGUUUUAGCCAAGACCAUUCCAACUCCAACCAAGGCAACAACCAAUGUUGUUGAAGUUGGACACGCUGCCGUUACUUCCCCUCAACCAAUUGCAGACCAAUUUGAUAUUGUUCUCUUCACUCAAGAGUAUGUACAACAAGUAGCCGUAGCUCUCUCUGUUGUUUUUGCUCAAGAAGAACCUCUCUGUAUUGCCACUCGUACCAAUCCAAUCAACUUUUUCGCCUACUCUCUUGUCUAUGCACAACAAUGUUGUGAUGGCAAGUUGAGCAUGUUGGCCAUUGACAGAAACUCCAAGAUGGUUGUUGGAUUCCACUUUGAUGAUCCUGGUGUUACUGUUCAAGGUGAAUUGCUUGAACGUUUGCAUGAAGUUUUUCAUGCUAACGAAAAGGCUAUUCAAGAAGAACCAGAAUCACCAUUCGAAUCUCAUGGUUCCCCUCGUACUUCAUUCGAUGGCAUCAAAAGCGGCGAAAAGAAGAAGAAGACUAUGAAAGUCUGUAGUGCUGGUGUCUUUGCCUUUGCUCGUAGAAUGAGAUUGGCUACCAGAAUGCUCGAGAAGAACCUCGAAUAUGCCAAACAACUUGGAUACAACGAAGUCCUUGUUGAAUGUACUGGUGCCUACUCUCAACAACUCUACAAGAGUUAUGGCUUUAAUGAAAAGGCUAGAAUCUACUACAAUGAAUAUGAAGUGGAGGUACUCGCCGAGGAUAAGAAGGUAAAGGUCAAACCAUUUAUUACCAUUCCAAAGCCUCACGAGUUUAUCAACUUGUCCAUUUUGGACUUGUAG